AUGGCCUGUAUUGCGGACUUGCUGCAGCAUCAACGCGCUUUUGAGGAAUGUGCGUACUUCUUGCGCCACUGCGCGACGCUGGCAGAACCCAGGAUAGACGAACAGUUGAUUCUGUUCUCCGAUGCGUGUGAGUAUGUGGGUAUAGGGGGUGUCUGCGUGGUCAAAAGAGCCGGCAAGGUGUUGCCCGUGUCCUUCUGUGGUUCCGAGCUUGACGGGGCGCAACCUGGAUAUCAUAUCCUGAAUGUAUACUUCCCCGGGGUAAGACAAUUCGAUGGCUGA